GUCACGAAUGACACGUGUAUUCAAGAUGGCGGCCGCGGCGAUGGAGACGUGGUUGGCCCUGCUGCUGUUGUCCAUGUUGCCUGGAGGGGUCCAGCCCUUUUACGUGCCUGGAGUUGCUCCUAUGAACUUCCACCAGAACAGUGCUGUCGAGAUUAAGGCUGUGAAGCUGACCAGCUCCCGGACUCAGCUUCCUUAUGAAUACUACUCCCUGCCCUUCUGUCAUCCUGAUAAAGUGGUCUACAAAGCAGAGAACCUGGGGGAGGUGUUACGCGGGGAUCGUAUUGUGAACACCCCCUACUCGGUACUCAUGACCCAGGACAGGAAGUGUAAGGUGGUUUGUGCCAAGCUGAAACUCAACGUGCAGCAGAGCAAGCUGGUGGCUGAGCGCAUCCAGGAAGAGUACUAUGUUCACCUCAUCGCAGACAACCUCCCAGUGGCCACGCGACUGGAGUUCUACCCCAACAAAGAGGCAGAGGAGGAGAAGGAUGUGGUGAAGGAUGUUCAGUUUGAACACGGCUACAGACUGGGCUUCACUGAGAGCAGCAAGUUCUACCUUCACAACCACCUGUCUUUCAUCAUCUACUACCACAAGGAGAAGCUGGAGGAGGAGGAAGAGCACAACUACAGAGUUGUACGUUUUGAGGUGGUUCCCCAGAGUGUCAAGGUGGAGGACCUGAAGGCCGAUAAGGGGUUGUGUACCCUGCCUGAGGCCACUAACUCAGCCCCUCAGGAGAUUGACCCCUCCAAGGAGAAUGAGGUUCUCUUCACCUACUCUGUCCGCUGGGAGGAGAGCCAGGUGAAGUGGGCAUCUCGCUGGGACACCUACCUGACCAUGAGCGACGUGCAGAUCCACUGGUUCUCCAUCGUCAACUCAGUGGUGGUGGUCUUCUUCCUCUCUGGGAUCCUCAGUAUGAUCAUCAUCAGGACCCUGAGGAAGGAUAUCGCCAACUACAACAGAGAGGAUGACAUAGAGGACACCAUGGAGGAGUCGGGCUGGAAGAAUGUCCAUGGUGACGUGUUCAGACCUCCACAGUAUCCCAUGAUCCUCAGCUCUCUGCUGGGCUCAGGCAUACAGCUCUUCUGCAUGAUUCUCAUCGUCAUCUUCGUGGCCAUGUUGGGGAUGCUGUCUCCUUCCAGUAGAGGGGCCCUGAUGACCACUUCCUGCUUUCUGUUCAUGUUCAUGGGUGUGUUCGGUGGAUACUUCGCUGGCAGACUCUACCGCACGCUGAAAGGACAUCGGUGGAAGAAGGGUGCUUUCUGUACGGCCACGCUGUACCCUGCCGUGGUCUUCUCCAUCUGCUUCGUCCUCAACUGUUUCAUCUGGGGAGAGCACUCGUCUGGAGCUGUCCCCUUCACCACCAUGCUGGCUCUCCUCUGCAUGUGGUUCGGUAUCUCCAUGCCGCUGGUCUACUUGGGCUACUACUUUGGCUUCCGCAAGCAGCCGUACGAUAACCCCGUCCGCACCAAUCAGAUCCCUCGCCAGGUGCCUGAGCAGCGCUGGUACAUGAACAAGUUUGUGGGAAUUCUGAUGGCUGGGAUUCUACCGUUUGGUGCCAUGUUCAUUGAACUCUUCUUCAUUUUCAGUGCCAUCUGGGAGAACCAGUUCUACUACCUGUUUGGUUUCCUCUUCCUGGUGUUCAUCAUCCUGGUGGUGUCCUGCUCCCAGAUUAGUAUCGUCAUGGUCUACUUCCAGCUCUGUGCGGAGGACUACCGCUGGUGGUGGAGGACCUUCCUGGUAUCAGGGGGCUCGGCCUUCUACGUCCUUGUUUACGCCAUUUUCUACUUUGUCAACAAGCUGGACAUCGUGGAGUUUAUUCCUUCCCUGUUGUACUUUGGCUACACGGCUCUCAUGGUCCUGUCCUUCUGGCUCCUUACAGGGACAAUCGGCUUUUACGCAGCGUACAUGUUCAUACGGAAGAUCUAUGCUGCCGUCAAAAUCGACUGACUUGGUUUCUGCUGCUUUUUUUUUUUUUUUUUGCCACAUUUUCUUGUUCGGUUUUUAAUUUUUGUCAUGUUCGUGUCCAGCAAACACUGACUUCUGUGUAUGGAAGGAAGGAAGCAUGAGGUGGGUUUUGUGGAACAGUGCCACCCACAGGCAUAGGGAGAGAACAGCAAGAUGACGCUGCCUGCUAGCUCGACGCCCCCCCCCCCCCUCCCUCCCUCCGUUAUUGGUGUCCACAGAGACAGAGUUCCUUUGGGACAGUCCAUGUUUUUCCUGUGGUUCACCUUGGACACAACAUGGGCCAAUUGAAAGUCUCUCUGUGUUUUAUUGUCUGCUUUUUUGGAAGUUGGACAAUCAAUGAAGUGGUUCAGAACUUCACUUUGUUUUAAAAUCAGUUCUCUGUAAAGAUAUUUUAGUCUGACCUUUGUCUCUGUUUCUUUCUCGCUCUCUCUGUCUUUCGGUCUGUCUGUGUCUGUCGGUCUCUUUGUGUGUAUCUCUCUGUGUGUUAGUUAGUAAGGUUAGUUUAUUUGAGUUUAUAAUCUUUAUUCCAGAUGGUUGCGAGGUCACAUGGUGGUAAUGGCACUAAAAAUUAUUUAGUUUAGCUUGGAAAUGGAAAUCUAACAUUGGAACAAGGAUAUUACAAUAUUCUGUUUUUAUUGCGGUUCCCAUGUCCUGAUGUGACCAUUUCAACCACAACUGAAAAUCAGACUCUAAAUGUUUUUCCUGGAGAGAGAGAAUCUCUCACGUUGAGGUAACCGAUUGUGUAAAAUUAAAUUCUCCUCUGUGAUCAAUCUGAUGUUGCUAGGGAAGUCGAGGCUUAAGGUGGUUGAAAUAUUAAAUGUUAUGGAACAAAAAAAGUAAAUGUUGAUGGAAAAGUAGUAUUUCUCAUCUUCAAAUCACCUUUCUAGUUUAUGAGCUUUUAGCCUAGGGGGAAAAAUGACUUGUUUUAAAACAGUUGGACACCAUUACAUUACGAGUCAAUGUAAACAGCUCCGUGGUCUCACUAAACUAUGCAUUUGAGUGAUCUUUUGUUUUGAACACCUAGUUCAGUGAGACAUACCUGCUAUUCUAACUGAAGGUGUCGGUUAUCCCUGAGCAUCAAUGUCUCUACUAGGAUCGCCUUAGCAACACAGAGUUCUGUCAAUGAGCCUCUGAAUGGAGCACAGUUGUUUCCCAUAAACAACCUCUAAAUUAAGGACGGUUGUGUUUCCCAUAAACAACAGGCCCAAUCAGUGCUGUACAAGGUUGCCAAUGUGUUUUAGAUUCAGUGGAUAGGAAUGAGCUGGUCCUUCACUGGGUUUACUCUAUCUGGCUGUCUUUACACAAGUAGCCCACUUCUGAUAUUUUCCCCAAUUAUUGGCAAAAGAGCUUAUCUGAUUGGUCAAAAUGCCAAUUAUUGGCAAAAGAGCUGAUCUGAUUGGUCAAAAUGCCAAUUGUUGGCAAAAGAGCUGAUCUGAUUGGUCAAAAUGCCAAUUGUUGGCAAAAGAGCUGAUUGGUCAAAAUGCCAAUUGUUGGCAAAAGAGCUGAUCUGAUUGGUCAAAAUGCCAAUUAUUGGCAAAAGAGCUGAUCUGAUUGGUCAAAAUGCCAAUUGUUGGCAAAAGAGCUGAUCUGAUUGGUCAAAAUGCCAAUUGUUGGCAAAAGAGCUGAUCUGAUUGGUCAAAAUGCCAAUUAUUGGCAAAAGAGCUGAUCUGAUUGGUCAAAAUGCCAAUUGUUGGCAAAAGAGCUGAUCUGAUUGGUCAAAAUGCCAAUUGUUGGCAAAAGAGCUGAUCUGAUUGGUCAAAAUGCCAAUUGUUGGCAAAAGAGCUGAUCUGAUUGGUCAAAAUGCCAAUUGUUGGCAAAAGAGCUGAUCUGAUUGGUCAAAAUGCCAAUUGUUGGCAAAAGAGCUGAUCUGAUUGGUCAAAAUGCCAAUUGUUGGCAAAAGAGCUGAAUUGGUCUGCCUGUGUAAACACCGGCUCUGUUACCCAGAUUCCCACCGGGGCUUCACACCGUCUUGUAGCUGGAGUUCCUCUGAAGGUCGAGACUGAAAUGCUGAACAUUCUGCAUGUUGAAACACUGGCCCGACAUAACAGAUGGAAUGUUCCUUUUGGGGUGUUGGGGACUAAAAACAUUUAAAGACCUUUCUAUCUUGGGUAUAUUUUACUCUAUGUCUCUGAUUACACCGGCAGCCCAACUCUUCUUUUUUUUUGUCUCUUUUUUUUUUUUUAUCUAAGAUGAUCUGAUUGGUCAAAAGAGAAGAAGAAAAAUAUAUCAGUAUUGAGCUGCCUGUGUAAACGAAGGCUAUAAAACUUUAUUCACAGUGCCAGUUUCCCAGGCCCAGAUUAAGCCAAGUCCUGCACCAAAAAUGAUGAUCCAUGGACUUUUUUUAAGUCCAGGAAAAGGUUUAAAUAAAAUUGAGAGCUGAGCUUUCAGGAACAUAACCUUGAGGUCAACAUUACUACCCCACUAGAUUCUUCACCUGUUUUUUUGUUGUUGAUUAAAGAGCAUAGAAACAG